AAAAGCCCCCACUGAGGACGCUCCACGACCACUGAGCGCAACACGGGCGCAACUGGUGCGUGACCAUUGCGCGCAACUUUCCCAGACACCGGGCUGUAAUAUAAACUUUGCAGGAAAUUCUGAAAAGAACUCGGGAGUGCGUGUGUUUGAUUUGAACUGUUUUUUUUUUAACUUCAUCGACCAAUGUGGCUUCUUGGAUCACCCUCCCAAGUGAUGAUGAUGGACGAGCGCCUGUCUCCCUCCACGCGCUCUGUGCAGAGUCCGGGAAACAACCCGUCCACAGUCCACAGCAUAGACGCGAUACUGGGAUUUAAGGAGGACACCAUCUUCCACAAAUCAGCCGCUUACAGCAUGACGGAAAAAGUCAAAGACCCUGAACGCAACGGGAAUGUAAUUGUAACGCCGGCGAAGAAAAGUCACUACUCAGAAAGUUUUGACAGUGUCGCUGAAGCGUCGCUGUGCCCGGACUCGCCGGACGCGGACGGGAAACUGUCCGACGACGAAAACCCCAAAAAGAAACACCGCCGGAACCGCACCACGUUCACCACCUUCCAGUUACACGAACUGGAAAGAGCUUUCGAGAAGUCCCAUUAUCCGGACGUGUACAGCAGAGAGGAGCUGGCGCUGAAGGUCAACCUGCCCGAGGUCCGAGUGCAGGUGUGGUUUCAAAACAGACGAGCGAAGUGGCGUCGGCAGGAGAAGCUGGAGGUGAGCUCCAUCAAGCUCCAGGACACCUCCUCCUCCCUGCUCUCCUUCAGCCGCUCCCCCACCAGCGGCCUGGCCCCCGGCCUGCAGCUGGACUCCUGGCUCUCCACGCCGCUCGCCGCCUCCACCUCCCUGCAGUCGCUGCCCGGCUUCAUCGGCGGCUCGCAGGGCCUCUCGGGCGCUUACGCGCCCUCCCCCCCCCCCUCCAUGCCGUCGUCUCUGCCGGCCUCCUUCCUGAGCUCCCCGGCCCUGGGACCCAGCCCUCACCUGCCCCACAUUGGCUCUAUGUGCCCCCCGCCCACUGCGUACCAGUGCUCAGCUGAUCCAAGGAACUCCAGUAUUGCCUCACUGCGGAUGAGAGCCAAGGAACACAUUCAGUCUAUUGGGAAGACGUGGUGAUGCGGAGAGUUGGACUAACGAGUGAACGCUGUGCUUCAGGCUGAUGGACUGCAACAUUUUCAAAGAUUUUGAUAAAGGAUGAAAUCUGACAUUCAGGACUAGAGACAUCGCUGAUCUGUGACGGAAGCUGUGAAACCACUGUAAAACACGGAAGUACUGAUACACAGUGUUCUUCUCUGCUACUUGUUUAUACUGUGAAGUCUGAUCCAGUGUUGUGUUACUGUUGUGACAAAAAAAGAACCCGUAUCAGUAUUAUUUUCUCCUGUUGUAGUUGUAAAUGGGGUGGCUCCUCUUUUUAGUUCCUUCUUCCCUCGUUUGCAUCAAAGAUUUAUCAAAUGUGACUAUUUUCUCUAUACAAUAAACUGUAAAAUCCAGCAUUAAUAAUGACUUAUUUUUAUUGACUGUGUGCAGCAUUUGCGAUGUCACAAACGCUCUGCUGGCGUCACAGGACACAGAGUUGUCGUCCUCCACUUCCUCCUCCUGUUGUUCUGUGUUUGUCAACCCACUUAUUUCCCCCUCAUUAACUCUGCUAGACUUUAUCCCAUUCACUGCUGGCAUUAGACUCAUAAUGACGAGGUGAAAGUGGCUUGUACCUCUUUUGUUCACCGAUCAUCCGUGGCAAACGUGUUAAGCGAACAGCACAGCGAACUUCCCUUUGGCUAAAAGAGAAACGAGUGUAAACGGUGUCAGACUGUGAUCUGUUAUAUCAACAACUGCUCCUGUCAGCUGAUAAUAGAUGCCAUUAUUACUGGGGUGUGUAUGUGUCUGAGUGUAGCAGAUCUUUUUCUUUCAACACUCCUUACAUUAACUAUUAACUGCUUUGACACUGUAAUUUUACAUGUUGCUAUGACUGAUGAAUUUCUUAAAAUGCAAGAGUUCCUAAAAUUAUUAGUUUUGCACCAUCUGGUGGUCUAAAGUGGUUACUGCAUG